AUGGAUCCAAAUCAAUUCGCUCAACUUUUGGAGCACCAGACCAAGCUGUUUGGUCAAAUGAUGGUCGGCAUACAAAAGUCCAAUGCUGCGGCUCAGUUUGCUGCACCUGUGGGACCCUCUCUGGGAGGCAAUAUUUCGGUCCCACAACCAGCAGCUCUAACCCUGGAAGGCGAUAUGGAGCAGAAUUUCGAUUUCUUCGAAAAAAGUUGGACUAGCUACGUUAAAGCUGUCGGAAUGGACCGAUGGCCUGGAGUGACCGAGGAACAAAAAGUGAGCUUCCUCAUGUCUGUUAUUGGAGAGCCGGCAAGGAAGAAAUACUUUAAUUUCGAGCUAACAACAGCAGAACAAGCAACGGUGGAAAACGCUCUGGCAGCAAUAAAGGAAAAAGUCAUAGCAAAGCGCAACGUCAUCAUAGAUCGUCUGGACUUUUUCUCAGCUUCGCAGUUGUCUGGAGAAUGCAUCGACGAUUAUACGACUCGCCUGAAGGUUCUAGCCAAAUCUGCCAGGCUGGGAGUAUUGGAAACAGAACUGAUCACUUAUAAAGUCGUUACUGCCAAUAAGUGGUCACAACUCCGUACUAAAAUGUUAACAAUCACCGAUAUAACUUUGGCAAAAGCUGUUGACAUGUGCAGAGCGGAGGAGAUAGCAGCAAAGAGAUCUGUGGAGUUGGCGAUUCCAAGUACCAGUGAUGUAAAAAAAGUUUCAAGACCGGUGAAGAAAACUCCCAUCUGCAAAUUUUGUGGUGACCGACAUGAGUUCUUCAAAGGCUCGUGCCCAGCUUUGGGGAAAAGGUGCCGUCUCUGUAAAGGAAAAAACCAUUACGAGAAAGUCUGCAGCAAACGCCAGAGUUCCAGCUAUAAAAAACCGAAGAAAGUGAAGGAAAUAAUAAAAGAAAAUAGUGCAAGUGAAUCGGAGGACGAAUCAUCAAACCACACUUCAAGUGAAAGUGAUGAAGAAUAUGUAAUUGGAAAAAUAGUGGAUAACUCUGAAAGUGGUGGUAGCGUAUCUGCGGAUCUCGCUCUAAAGUUCGGUAGUGUUUGGAAAUCAGUGAAAUGCGAAUUGGAUACAGGAGCUAGCACGAGUCUAGUUGGUCAACAAUGUUUAGCCAAACUGUCUGGGCAGUCAAAUCCGUCAUUGUUUCCGUCAAGAUACCGUCUGCAAAGUUUCGGAGGCAAUCCAAUUAAAGUUCUUGGAGAAGUAAAGAUACCAUGUCGCCGCAGAAAUAAGAAAUACAAGUUGGUACUUCAAGUUGUAGAGGGUGACCACUGUCCGUUGCUAUCGGCGAAAGCGUGCCGUAUUCUGGGUUUCGUGAGAUUUUGUAAAGAAGUAUCGUUCAUCGCACCCAAGUCGACCGACACUUCCCGGAAGCUGUUAAAUGUCUACAGAGUCCAAGCAUCCAGAAUUAUUGAGGCUCAUAAUGAUAUUUUCAAUGGGUAUGGGAAAUUAGCUGGAACCGUUUCCCUAGAAGUGGAUAGGAGCAUUGCACCUUCAAUUCAACCACCCCGUAGAGUGCCAAUUGCUAUGCGAGACAAGCUGAAGAAGGAGUUGGAAUCUCUCGAGAAGGAUGGCCUGAUAGUGAAAGAGCUGAAACACACAGAAUGGGUAAGCAACAUAGUUAUUGUACAGCGUGGUAGCCCCGAAAACCCUAGUAUCAGAAUAUGUUUGGACCCCAUUCCGUUGAAUAAGGCUUUGAAGCGUCCAAAUCUCCAAUUCGUUACGCUGGACGAAAUACUUCCAGAAUUGGGGAAGGCGAAAAUAUUUUCGACUGUCGACGCUAAAAAAGGUUUUUGGCAUGUGGUAUUAGAUGAGCCCAGCAGCAAACUUACCACGUUCUGGACCCCGUUCGGUCGCUAUCGCUGGACCCGCCUACCAUUUGGAAUAGCACCCGCUCCUGAAAUAUUUCAAAUGCGUCUACAGGAAGUAAUUCAAGGACUAAAUGGAGUUGAGUGCAUAGCGGAUGACUUGCUUGUCUAUGGAACCGGCGACACAUUGGAAGAGGCUCUGAUCAACCAUAACCGCUGUUUGGAAACACUUUUAAAUCGUUUGGCAGAGCACAAUGUGAAAUUGAACAAAUCCAAGCUCAAACUCUGUCAGACGUCAGUUAAGUUCUACGGUCAUGUGCUGACGGAUGAAGGAAUAAAGCCAGACGAAAGUAAGAUAGCUACGAUCCAAAACUUUCCCACACCAACAAAUCGCAAGGAGGUCCAUCGCUUCAUAGGUAUGGUCAAUUACCUGAGCCGUUUCUUGAAAAAUCUUAGUGCUAAUCUCACCAAUCUCCGCAAGUUAAUCCUAGAAUCGGUGCCAUGGCAAUGGACAUCGACCGAAGAAGAAGAGUUUCGUCGAGUGAAGGCGCUUGUUGCAGAUGUGGGCACUCUUCGGUACUACAACAUGAACGAGCCACUUACCAUUGAGUGCGAUGCCAGUUGUUUUGGUUUGGGUGCAGUUGUUUACCAGAUGGAUGGAGUACUGGCGUAUGCAUCGAGAACGCUUACCCAAACGGAACGGAACUACGCACAGAUUGAGAAGGAGCUGCUGGCCAUUUUAUUUGCGUGCACUCGAUUCGACCAAUUGAUCGUUGGCAAUCCCAAGACCGUUAUCAAAACAGACCACAAGCCGCUUAUUAAUUUGUUCCAAAAGCCUCUACUCUCUGCUCCGCGACGUCUUCAACAUAUGCUGCUCAAUCUCCAGCGCUACAGACUGUCCAUAGAGUUUGUAACCGGCAAGGAGAACGUCGUUGCUGACGCUCUGUCUCGCGCACCACUUAAUGAGCAGAACCCCGAAGAGUUCUUUGAAAAACGUGAAAUCUACAAAGUAUCCAACGAAGUUGAACAACUGCAGUUGAGUAAGUUUCUAGGAGUUUCGGAUAGUCGCUUGGAGGAAAUAAAAACCGAGACCAACAAGGACCAGUCAAUGCAACUGAUCAUUGGAUACGUACAGCACGGUUGGCCUGUGACGGCCGAUCGUGUACCCGACAGCGUUAAGAUUUAUUUCAAUUUCCGUGACGAGCUAUCUACUCAAGAUGGUUUAGUGUUUCGCGGAGACCGAAUAGUGAUACCACAUGUACUACGACGUAAACUUGUAGACUGCUGUCACAUAAGCCACAAUGGAAUCGAAUCAACACUCAAGCUGGCUAGAGCAAACAUCUUCUGGCCGGGUAUGUCAUCGCAGAUCAAAGAUGUCGUCAAGCAGUGCGUCACCUGUGCCAAAUAUGCCGCCUCGCAACCGAAUCCUACGAUGAUGACCCACUGCAUACCAGUGUAUCCUUUCCAGCUAGUGUCCAUGGAUGUGUUCCAAGCAGAAUAUAAUGGCAUCAAACGUAAGUUCCUAGUCACCGUAGACCAUUACUCUGACUUUUUUGAACUGGAUCUACUGAAAGACUUGACUCCUGAAUCAGUAAUCAGCAUCUGCAAGCAAAAUUUUGCUCGUCAUGGUAAACCGCAACGAGUCCUUAGUGAUAACGCCACAAACUUUUCGAACGUGAAAAUGGUCCAGUUUUCUAAAGAAUGGGAUUUCGAGUUGAUAACUUCAGCACCACAUCACCAACAAGCGAAUGGUAAAUCAGAAGCGGCUGUGAAAAUAGCAAAACGUUUGCUCAAGAAAGCGGAAGAAACUGGCACUGACUACUGGUACGCACUUCUUCAUUGGAGGAACAUUCCGAAUAAGAUUGGUUCCAGUCCUGCAUCUCGCUUAUUUUCACGCUCAACCCGAUCUGGAGUACCAACAUCGACCGCAAAAUUGCUCCCAAAGGUGGUAGAAAAGGUACCUGAAGCUAUAGAAGAAAACCGUAAAUCAUACAAACGACAUUAUGAUAGAAAAACUCGUAAAUUACCUGAUCUCCAAGUUGGUUCGCCAGUAUACACCCAGUUGCAUCCAGAAACUUCUAAGCAAUGGUCCGCUGGAACAAUUGCCAAUCGUUUGAGUGAGCGGUCCUAUGUAGUCAACGUUGAUGGAGUGGAUUAUCGUCGUAGCCUCGUACAUCUUAAGCCACGUAAUGAACCCGAUACCUCGAACCUCGAUCAAACUUUGGCCAUUCCUGAAACAAGUUCUUCAAGCCCGAAUCAAGUACACGUCCGAGAAACUGAACAACCGAACAAUUGGAAGGAGGAAAACACAACAACACAGCUUGCUUCGAUCGAUUCCAAUCCGUCGACAUCAACAUCAGCAGCGUCGCGCACCCGGCCGACGCCCACUUCAAAACAUACACGAUCAACACAACAAACUCAAAAUCAGGUUCCGAAUGAAGCAGGUGCAGGAAGACCGAAACGUGAAAUACGCAUUCCGGAUAGAUUCAAGGACUUUGAAGUAACAUUUGAAUAA